GAGAAAAGAAGGCAGGCAGGAAGGAGGCAGAAGAAGAAAGGCAGGAGAGAAGAAAGGAAGGAAGAAAAGGAUAAGUCAAGCAAAGAUAUUGAGGAGCAAUUCAUUCAUCCAUCCAUCUAUCUAUCCAUCCAUUCCUUCCUUUGACAAAUAUCUACUGAGUUCCUAUCAGGCACCAUUCUUGGCACUAAGGAUAUAAUAGUUAACAAGCGGAAGCUACCAGCAGCUGACCCUCAACAUUUCCAGGAUGAUCCCCAAGGAGCAGAAGGGUCCAGUGAUGGCUGCCAUGGGGGACCUCACUGAACCAGUCCCUACGCUGGACCUGGGCAAGAAGCUGAGCGUGCCCCAGGACCUGAUGAUGGAGGAGCUGUCACUACGCAACAACAGAGGGUCCCUCCUCUUCCAGAAGAGGCAGCGCCGUGUGCAGAAGUUCACUUUCGAAUUAGCAGCCAGCCAGCGGGCGAUGCUGGCCGGAAGCGCCAGGAGGAAGGUGACUGGAACAGCGGAGUCGGGGACGAUUGCCAAUGCCAAUGGCCCUGAGGGGCAGAACUACCGCUCGGAGCUCCACAUCUUCCCGGCCUCACCCGGGACCUCACUCGGGGGUCCAGAGGGCGCCCACCCUGCGGCCGCCCCUGCUGGGUGCGUCCCCAGCCCCAGCGCCCUGGCGCCAGGCUAUGCGGAGCCGCUGAAGGGCGUCCCGCCAGAGAAGUUCAACCACACCGCCAUCCCCAAGGGCUACCGCUGCCCCUGGCAGGAAUUCGUCAGCUACCGGGACUACCAGAGCGAUGGCCGAAGUCACACCCCCAGCCCCAAUGACUACCGAAAUUUCAACAAGACCCCAGUGCCAUUUGGAGGACCCCUCCUGGGGGGCACUUUUCCCAGGCCAGGCACCCCCUUCAUCCCGGAGCCCCUCAGUGGCUUGGAACUCCUCCGUCUCAGACCCAGCUUCAACAGAGUGGCCCAGGGCUGGGUCCGUAACCUCCCAGAGUCCGAGGAGCUGUAGCCCUAGCCUGAAUCUUCAGUUCCCCAGUCUUGGGGGCCUGGUAACAUCCGGAGCCAAGACUUGUGGACAGCACUUCACAGUUUAAGAAGGGCCUUCACACACAAAACCUGAUUGCAAAUGGCUUCAGAGGUCACAAAGUUCAGUAGUCCCAAAACAUGGGUGUGCUUCAAAAUUACCUGGGGAUAUUGUUCCGAAUACAGAUGACUGGACUGUCCCAGACUUGCAGCAUCAGAGUCUCCUGAGUCGAGGAAUCUGUAUUAUUAAUAGCAACCAGGACCGGGUGUAGUGGCUCACGCCUGUAAUCCCAGCACUUUGGGAGGCUGAGGCGGGAGGAUCACCUGAGGUCAGGAGUUUGAGACCAGCCUGGCCAAAAUACCGGAACCCCGUCUCUACUAAAAAUACAAAAAUUAGCCGGACAUGGUGGUGCAUGCCUGUAAUCCCAGCUACUUGGGAGGCUGAGACAGGAGAAUCACUUGAACUAGGAGGCAGAGGUUGCAGUGAGCCGCUGGACAACAGAGUGAGACUCCUUCUCAAAAAUAAAUAAAUAAAUAAAUAAAUAAAUAAAUAAAUAGCAACCAGUACUCCAGGUGAUUCCAGCAU